GUUUUGUUUGGCCACACAGCUCAGAUGCGUGAGAGAGUUUCCUUCUUCUCUUUAAGGAUUCAGUCAUCGCCAUGGCCACCGGGAGACCGAGCAGGAGUCUCUGCCUCGGCGACACGUAGUGCAGCUGGUGGCGUGGAGGAGAGGAAGAAAAAGAUCUGAAAUCCAAAACACUGGACUGAUUUCCAUCAAAUAAAAUCCGUCUGGGCUCUUCUUUUUUUUCCCUUUUGAAUUAUUUAUUAGUAUUGUUUUAUUUCACCAAGGGGGCAGGGAUGACGACCGAAACCGGACAGCAGCAGUUGGACUCGCCGCCGACCCUGCGCUCCAGCCCGGUUCACGCCGCGCACCAGAGUUCGCGCACGGUUCUGGAGAGCACCAGCGCCACAACCGCAUCCAAAAGCAAAAAAUCCAACUCGGGCAUGAGGCGCCCUGAGAAACCACCCUACUCAUACAUUGCCCUCAUCGUGAUGGCCAUCCAGAGCUCACCGACCAAAAGACUGACCCUGAGCGAGAUCUACCAGUUUCUGCAGGCCCGUUUCCCGUUUUUCCGCGGCUCCUACCAAGGCUGGAAAAACUCUGUAAGGCACAACUUAUCUCUCAACGAGUGCUUCAUCAAGCUUCCCAAAGGUCUCGGGCGGCCCGGUAAGGGUCACUACUGGACCAUCGAUCCUGGCAGUGAGUUCAUGUUCGAAGAGGGCUCGUUCCGGAGGCGCCCACGGGGUUUCCGUAGAAAGUGCCAAACUCUGAAGCCCAUGUACCGUAUGAUGAACGGGCUCGGCUUCGGCGCUUCCGUGCUGCCGCAGAACUUCGACUUCCAGCCGCCGCCGGCGCCGUUGGCGUGCCACGCGGGCGGCUACAACCUGGACGCGAUGGCGAGCGGCGCGUACGACGGUCUCGGCGCUGCCUCCGCUCACCACGUGCCGAGCCCGGGCUCCGCGUACAUGUCCCCGGCGUGCCAGGUAACCUCGAGCGGCGGAGACUACGCGCACGACAGCACCGCCAACAGCGUCGGGAGCGGCAGCAGCCCGCUGCAUUCAACGCCGUCCAUGAGCGGACCUCUGGACUGUCCAUCCCCGUACACCGCCGCCACCGCGCACUGGCCUUCCUCCGCCGUGUCGCCCUACAUCAAGCAGUCUCCCCUGGCUGCAGGCAGCCCGACAUCCUCCUCAUCCUCCGCGUUACACUCCGGAGUGGCGCCAUACGCCCUGGAACAGAGCUACCUGCACCAUGGAGCCAGAGACACUGCAGAUAUCACAGUGGGAAUUCCUCGUUAUCAGUCUCAUUCCUCUCCAGUAUGCGACCGGAAGGACUUUCUGUUGAACUUUAACGGCAUCGCCUCGUUUCACACGAGUGCUGGAGGAUCUUACUACCACCACCAUCACCACCACCAUCACCACCAACUCCACCAUCAGGGGAUAUGUCAAGACAUCAAGCCGUGUGUGAUGUAGACCAACAGGCAGGACACACCAGUGUGGAGACUGAUAUGUACAGUAUGUAUAUGGACUUCUGAAAUAUAAAUGAUGGAAAACCAUAACAGUGUUAUAGUUAUUACUAGUCUCACACACGCGCGAGCGCAAAGAUGAUGGUGGAAAUGCUGCUCACUGACUUGUAAGAAUGAAGUCAAUUGUCUGAAACGCAUAGCACUUCCAAGAGAAAAAGGAGAGAAAUAAAAAGAGAGAGAGAGAGACUGAGGAAUAUAGUUCUCUCUGCAAUUUCCAGGUUUCUUCUCUUGGAAUAUCCUAUAUAUUGAUUUUUUUUUGUUGUUGAUUUUUUUGCAAGGCUGUAAAUGAUCACCAGUGACUGCACUUAUUAUCCUCCAGCAGUAUGUUUCCAAUCACUGUGUUCAAAAUGUAACACAACCCGCAGGUGCUGUCGGGAGAUUUCUGCCCCCCAAUUCCCCCCACCCGCAUUUUCUGUACAUUUCAAUAAAAGCUUAAAUAUGUAAAAUAAUAAAAAUACAAACAAACAAAAAAAUACUUAUGGAUGUCAAAGCUUUUCUUUUAUUCGAGAUGAUCGAUUGGGUUGGAGAUGUUUCAAUGGAUCAGGAAUGCUAUUUUAUUAAGUGGAGAAAAUAAAUAAUU